UAGUUAGGGUUUGGGCUGCCAAAGAGAGAGAGAAAGAGAGGAAGCUGCGGUAACCAUGGUUCUCAAGACUGAACUCUGCCGCUUUAGUGGUGCCAAGAUAUAUCCUGGGAAGGGCAUCAGAUUUAUCCGUGCAGAUUCUCAGGUCUUCCUGUUUGCCAACUCGAAAUGCAAGCGGUACUUCCACAACCGUUUGAAGCCGUCCAAGCUUACCUGGACUGCCAUGUACAGGAAGCAGCAUAAAAAGGACAUGCAUGCCGAAACUGUGAGGAAGAGGCGCCGUACUACCAAGAAGCCAUAUUCAAGGUCGAUAGUUGGUGCUACCUUAGAGGUUAUCCAAAAGAAAAGAACUGAGAAGGCGGAAGUUCGAGAUGCUGCUCGGGAAGCUGCUCUUCGAGAAAUCAAGGAAAGGGUCAAGAAAAGCAAGGAUGAAAAGAAGGCGAAGAAAGCGGAGGUGAUGGCCAAGUCACAGAAGACGCAAACCAAGGGUAGCAUUCCCAAGGGUGCCGCACCAAAAGGCCCGAAACUCGGAGGUGGUGGAGGGAAGCGCUGAGCACUAUAGCAUUCCCCCCUUUUCACAAGGAAAUAUUAGUAGACCGAAAUAGGAUUUUACUUAUUUGGCUUUGUUAGUAAAGCAUGAUUUGAGACCUCGUUUACCUUUAACAGUUAAUACUUUCAAAUGGUUUUUGUGUGGCAUUACUCAAAUGCUUUGUUUUUUA